AUUGAGGACGAUACCUACCAACCUAACCCUGAAAAUUUGUAAAUUAAUGCUAAUUUUGACCCCAUUAAUUCCGCAUGUCCCGGCGGCCGGCAUAAUACGGUUGCCCCUCCGUCGUUAUAUAUGGAGAUGGAUAUCAUUGCAAAGCAAAAACAACAAACCCAUCCAUCUAUGGAUAACUUCACUUGCUUCCCUUCAUGGCUUCUUCAACCAGCAAUAGUUCUCUUAUUUUCUUGUGUCUUCAUAUAUACUCUACGAAGGAAGAAGUCAUCCAUGGCUUCCCCUAACCUUCCCCCUGGCCCUCAUAGGCUUCCUGUAAUAGGGAACUUUCAUCAAAUUCUAGUAGGUAAGAACCUCCAUCAAGUCCUAUGGGAAUUUUCCCACAAAUACGGCCCUAUUAUGCUCAUUCAUUUAGGUUCCCAGCCAUAUGUUAUCAUCUCCUCCAGUGAACUCGCUAACCAAGUCUUAAAAACUUACGAUCACAUACUCAAUAAUCGUCCACUCUCCAAGGGUUUCGAACGACUUACGUUCAACUACAUGGACGUGGCCUUCUCCCCUAGUAACGAUCAUUGGAAGAAGAUGCGUAAGGUUUUUAUAACCGAGUUCGCAGGUUCUAAGCGAACCAGAUUCUUUAAAAAUGUGUUAGAUUCGGAGGUCAACACUAUGCUUGAUUCUUUUUCUUCACAUCUUUUAAAUAGUACGAUAAACUUAGAAGAUCAGAUCGAGCAUCUCAUAACUGACGUUGCCUGCAAGCUUGCAGUGGGUAAGAGCUACAGAGAAGGGACGUUAGUUAGGGGUAAAACAUUAAAAGAAAUUCUUGAUGAGCUGGUCAUCAUGCUGUCGGGUUCUUUAUCCGAUAUUUUUCCAUCAGUUGGGUGGAUAUUGGACGGAUUAAGAGGGUGGAAUGGUAGACUAGAACAGUGUUUCAGUGAUUUGGAUAGCUUCCUCGAGAUCGUUCUUGAUGAACAUAUUGAUCGUACUGAAUCAGAAAGAGGCGACCAUGAAAAAGACUUGAUAGAUGCGUGCAGAUCUCAGUUGACAAGAGACGAAUUGAAAAGCCUUCUGAUGAAUGUGAUUAAUGGAUCUAUUGACACAACUACUGCCGCAACCAUCUGGGCAGUUUCUGAAAUUAUUAAAAACCCUAGAGUUAUGCAAAAGCUGCAAGGCGAAAUUAGAAGCUGUGUGGGAAGGAAACCGAGGGUAGACGAAUCAGAUAUUACACAAAUGACAUACUUAAAACUGGUGGUGAAGGAGACGUUAAGAUUGCACCCACCUCCAUUUUUGCUUGUACGAGAAUGCACAAGUCAUUGUCAGAUUGAUGGAUACGACAUCUUACCUCGGACAAGAAUCUUGAUCAAUUCAUGGGGGAUAGGAAGGGAUCCAAAAAUCUGGAAAGUGGAUGCAACCGACUUCAAUCCUGAGAGGUUAGAAAACGUUGAAGUUGAUCAGUGUGAGAUGGUUCCAUUCGGAGGAGGAAGAAGAUCAUGUCCAGCAGCAAACAUGGCUACAUCCAUUAUAGAAUUCACGAUAGCAAGCAUUUUUUACUCUUUUGAUUGGAAAAUUCCAAAUGAGGUGAAUAAUGAAAAUCUGGACAUGGAGCAAGAAGGCUUUCCGGUUGUUAAGAGGAAAGUACCUCUUUGCCUUGUUCCCAUGAAGCACAAUUGGGAAGACUAA